AUGACAAUUGGCGAAUAUGAGGGUGCAAAGAAAAAGCAGGAUAGCAUCGUCAUAAGUGUCAAGCACAAAACAGCGGACACGCACAGCCCAGCAUGCUUGGUGUUGUCACCAACCCUAUUCUCGUAUUUACAAGUGUACUUCAAGGAAGUGCAAAGCAAGGUGUUGGAUUCAACCAGUAAUGAGAAUGAGAGUAGCAAAGCUUACGUAUUUUUGUCUUGGAUGGAGUCUGGCCAAAUCUGCACUGCUAUAAAUGCAGCAGGACAAAAGGCAAAAUGCAAGGGCACAUCUCAUCAACUUUGUUUCACAAGUCUGCAGUCACAAAUGUGCUACACGGCAUAA